AUGACGGAUCAGUGCUCGCCCCUUGCGCCAAGAAACCCAUUCAUUUCAGAUCACAAGUUAUUGGAUGAUUUAAAUAAUACUUUGAGAUGUUUGCUAUGGAAGAAAGAAAAGGAUGACAGUAAUAAAAGUGAAGGAUUCUAUCAAGAUUACAAUGCCAGCAGAUCUCUAAAAGAUUCAAGCAUGGAAUUAGUUUUGAAAAAUGAACGGAAGGCUACAGUCAACGACUGCAUGAAUAAUAUCAAAUGUUCUAUUUCGACGGAUUGUGGUAGAGAGGGUCGCUGUGUGUAUGGUAAAUGUAGAUGUCAGUGUAUUCACAAAGCACCUUGUGCUACAAAGAAUGAUUGUUUCGGUGGCACAUGCAAUAAUGCUUGUACCAAAUAUGCUGCUUUUGUUCACGAUGAAUGUGGUUCAAAGGACGAAUGUGCUAAUGGGACACAAUGUCUCACGGGGGUAUGCGUUGGUGGUGGUCGACUACGUGAUGGCUUAUACGACGCAGUAUCUUGCACUCCUACUACUGUGAAAAGUGAUUGUGAAGGAUACGGUACCGGUUUAUGUGCGAUGUUCGCAAAUGCCUGCAUACGACACAAAGACCCAUCACAAUUAGGUUUACGAGCAAAUGGUAUUAUCUGUGCUGGUGGAAUUUCGGCUUCUCUUGGUUUCCCUACUUGUAUCAAUGAGAAAGGUAAUGCAACUACAUGUGUUAUGGGGAACACAUGCAUGUUUGGCAUGCACUGUGGCAGCUGUUCGUGUGCAGGUCUUUAA